UUGAUGUUGACGGAGCAGCAGAGGAGACCGGAUUCAAAGAUGGUCGGUGUUUCUGGUUCAUGUCUCUGAAUGACUGAAGUCCAGAAGAUGGAUGAUUGUGUGGAGGAAGAGGAGGAGAGACCAGAGUCUCCAGGAUCCAGCUGUCUGUCUCUGAAGAGUGACUGGUCCAAAGAUUAUCCUCUAAACUUCAGUAAAGAACCUGGACCCUCAGACACAGAAGGUCGGUACCACAGUCGGAGACCAGAGUCUCCAGGAUCCAUCUGUCUGUCUAUGAAGAGUGACUGGUCCAAAGAUAGACCUCUAAACUUCAGUAAAGAACUUGGACCCUCAGACACAGAAGGUCGGUACCGCAGUCGGAGACCAGAGUCUCCAGGAUCCAUCUGUCUGUCUAUGAAGAGUGACUGGUCCAAAGAUAGACCUCUAAACUUUAGUAAAGAACCUGGACCCUCAGACACAGAAGGGAGGAAGAGGAGAAGAGUUGGUGUGGAGGAGCAGCCGUCCUGCUGUCCUUUGUGUCAGGACGUCCUGAAGGAUCCAGUCUCUAGCAGCUGUGGACACUGGUUCUGCAGACGCUGCAUGAGCUCAUACUGGGACCAGUCUGCUCCAGCAGGACCAUCCUCCUGUCCCCAGUGUGGAAAAAGAUCCAGAACCAGAGCUGGACUGCAGCCGUCCAGUCAGAGCAGAACUGUACCAGCAGAUGCCGGUCUGCAGGAGGUCCUAGAUGAACACAAGACCAGUCUGAGGAGGAGAUGUGAACAUGUGACUGAAGGAACUGAUGAACCAGGAAGUAGAACCCCCCUCAACAGGAUCUACACGGAGCUCUUCAUCACAGAGGGACUGAGUGAAGAGGUUGAUACCCAACAUGAGGUGAGGCAGCUGGAGACAGCUUCCAGGAUGAAGAGCCUCCAUGACACUCCAAUCAGGUGCCAGGACAUCUUUAAAGCCUUACCUGGCCAACGUGGAGCCAUCAGAGUGGUUCUGACCAACGGCGUCGCUGGCGCUGGGAAAACCUUCUCGGUUCAGAAGUUCUCUCUGGACUGGGCCGAGGGCUGGGAGAACCAAGACGUCACCGUGGUGAUUCUGCUCUCGUUCAGGGAGCUGCACCUGAUCGGAGAUGAGCAGCUCAGUCUUCUCAGGCUGAUCCAGGUUUUCCAUCCAUCGUUACAGAAGCUCACAGCAGAGCAGCUGGCUGCCGGGAAACCGUUGUUCAUCUUUGACGGCCUGGAUGAAAGCAGACGUUCCCUGGACUUCAACAACGGUCCGGUCGUGUCUGACGUCACACAGAGCUCAUCGGUCAACGUGCUGCUGACCAACCUCAUCCAGGGGAACCUGCUUCCCUCAGCUCUCAUCUGGAUCACUUCCAGACCUGCAGCAGCCAAUCAGAUCCCUCACAAACACGUGGACAGGGUGACAGAAGUACGAGGCUUCACCGACGGCCAGAAGGAGGAAUACUUCAGGAGGAGGUUCAGGGAUGAAGAGCGGUCCAGCAGCAUCGUCUCCCACAUGAAGACAUCCAGAACCCUCCACAUCAUGUGUCAACUCCCGGUCUUCUGCUGGAUCACUGCUACAGUUCUGGACCACAUGUUGACCACAGAGCAAAGAGGAGAGCUGCCCAAGACCCUGACUGACAUGUUCUCCCACUUCCUGCUGGUCCAGACCAAGAGGAAGAAGAACAAGUACCAGGAGGGACAUGAGACGAGUCCACAGGAGCUGACGGAGGCUGACAGGGACCUUCUUCUGAAGCUGGGGAGGCUGGCGUUUGAACAUCUGGAGAAAGGAAACAUCAUGUUCUACCAAGAAGACCUGGAGCAGUGUGGUCUUGAUGUCCCAGAGGCCUCGGUGUACUCAGGAGUUUGUACCCAGAUCUUCAGGAGAGAGUGUGAGGUCUUCCAGAAACCCGUCUACUGCUUUGUUCAUCUGAGCAUCCAGGAGUUCCUGGCUGCAGUCUACGUGCUGCACUGUUGGUCCACCAGGAACACAGAUGUGCUGGAGAACUUCCUGGGAGGAAACUACAGAUACUCAUCUCUGGAUGACUUCCUGAAGAGAGUCAUGCAGAAAUCCCUGGAGAGUAAAAAUGGACACCUGGACCUGUUUGUCCGCUUCCUUCAUGGUCUUUCUGUGGAGUCCAACCAGAGACUGUUAGGAGGUCUGCUGAACCAGGGGGAGAACGAUCCAGAAACCAUCCAGACAGUCAUCAAAAACCUGAAGCUGAUGAACACUGACAGAAUCUCUCCUGACAGAAGCAUCAACAUCUUCCAGUGUCUGAUGGAGAUGAACGACCUCUCAGUUCAUCAGCAGAUCCAAGAGUUCCUGAAGUCAGAGAACAGAUCAGAGCAGGAACUCUCUGAUAUCCAGUGUUCAGCUCUGGCCUACAUGCUGCAGAUGUCGGAGGAGGUUCUGGAUGAGUUGGACACGAACAAUUACAAAACAACAUGGAGCGGUGGACAGAGACUGAUUCCAGCUGUGAGGAACUGCAGAAAGGCUCGAUUUGUUGACUGUCAUCUCUCAAAGACUCACUGUGAAGUUGUUGCGUCCGCUCUGAAGUCCAACCCCUCCCAUCUGACAGAACUGGACCUGAGUCAGAACCAGAAGCUGCAGGAUUCAGGAGUGAAGGUUCUGUCUGGUGGACUGGAGAGUCCAAACUGUAGACUGGAGACUCUGAGAUUGCAGGACUGCAGGAUGUCAGAGAUCAGAUGUUCUUCUCUGGUCUCAGCUCUGAAGUCCAACCCCUCCCAUCUGGAACAUCUGGACCUGAGUCUGAACAAGCUGCAGGAUUCAGGAGUGAAACAUCUGUGUGGUUUCCUGGAGAGUCCAGACUGCAGACUGGAGACUCUGAGGUUGGAGGGCUGCUGGUUGUCAGAGAUCAGCUGUUCUUCUCUGGUCUCAGCUCUGAAGUCCAACCCCUCCCACCUGAAACAUCUGGACCUGAGCUGGAACCAGCUGCAGGAUUCAGGAGUGAAACAUCUGUGUGGUUUCCUGGAGAGUCCAGACUGCAGACUGGAGACUCUGAGCUUGCAGUGCUGCGGUCUGUCAGGGAUCAGCUGUUCUUCUCUGGUCUCAGCUCUGAAGUCCAACCCCUCCCAUCUGAAACAUCUGGACCUGAGAUUCAACUACAAGCUGCAGGCUGCAGAUGUGGAGCAGCUGUCUGGUCUGGUGCAGAGUCCAGACUACCAGCUGCAGACUCUCAGGUGGGAGCGCUGCAGUUUGUCAGAGAUCAGAUGUGAUGAUCUGGUCUCAGUUCUGGAGUCCAACCCGUCUGAUCUGGAACAUCUGGACCUGAGUAAGAAGAAGCUGCAGGACUCAGAUGUGAAGCAGCUGUGUGUUUUCCUGGAGAGUCCAGACUGCAGACUGGAGACUCUGAGGUUGGAGGGAUGCAGGAUGUCAGAGAUCAGCUGUUCUUCUCUGGUCUCAGCUCUGAAGUCCAACCCCUCCCACCUGAAACAUCUGAAACAUCUGGACCUGAGCUUCAACAUCCUGCAAGAUUCAGGAGUGAAACAUCUGUGUGGUUUCCUGGAGAGUCCAGACUGCAGACUGGAGACUCUGAGGUUGGAGUUUUGCAGGAUAUCAGGGAUCAGCUGUUCUUCUCUGGUCUCAGCUCUGAAGUCCAACCCCUCCCAUCUGAAACAUCUGGACCUGAGUCUGAACAAGCUGCAGGCUGCAGAUGUGCAGCAGGUGUCUGAUCUGGUGAAGAGUCCACACUACCAGCUGCAGACUCUCAGAACAUGGGGCCAAACAGACGACGGUGGACCAGGUGGACUCUUCUCAGAGGAGACGUCCUCCUAUAAUCUCAACACCAUCAAAGCUGAAACAGCAGUGAAGAGACACAACAGCGUGAAGAAGAAGACUCCAACCUGGGAGAAGGAUGUGAGCCUUUUAUCAGAAUGA